CUCCCGCGCUUUUGCUGCAACUGAUGAUUUUUAUUUUUUUCUGCUGCUGUGUUCUUACCAACAAAAAUGGAUUCUUCUUUGCUGACUAAAAAUCAUUAUCGAAACCUAUUUCAUAUUGUUGCUCCGAGAAAGGAAUGAUAUAUGGUGUUCCAAUACAGAUUAGCCUGCAAGUGCAAUCUGGGUCCCCUUUCUUCUACUAGUACACGACACCUGAUCUUUUUUUUUUUUUUUUUUUGAAGAAAAAAACUUAUUUCCAGAAAUGACAGGUUGCUGUAAAUUGAGGGUUUAGGGUUAUUAAUUAAUGAUAUUAAUGUGUUGAUUAGGUGCAUCUCUGCCAUGAGUCGUUUCUUAAUUGUAGAAGAAUUCAUCUACGAUUUCCAAUCUGCUCAGUAUUAAUUCACUUGUUCACCGGUUACUGUUCCAAUUGGGGAUUCGAAACCCUAAACAGUUUCAGUCGAAGAAGAAGCUGCUGCUGCUGCUGUAAUCGGAGAUGGAGGCUGAAGAGACGCAGAAUUUUUUGCCGGGAAGCGGCGCGAUUUCGCCGGGAAACUCAUUCCAUAAAGCCAACUUCGACCUGAAGAGCUACAAUUCGGCUUUGCAAUGGGUUUUUAUCGACUACUCGAAUUCAUGGAAAGCGGGAAUUAGUUGGGGGAUGUUCCUGGCGCUCAACAUCGGCGUACCUCUGGUUUCCCACUUCCUCUACUCCUGCGAGAAUUGCGAUCUCGGACAUCAGCGGCCCUUCGAUGGUAUUGUUCAGAUCUCUCUCUCGUUAUUCGCUGCUCUGUCGUUCAUCUGUCUCUCCCAUUACGCGCGUAAAUUCGGCCUGAGGAGAUUUCUCUUUCUCGAUAAACUCUGCGAUGAAAGUGAGAAGGUUCGGAAAGGCUACACUCAUCAGCUUCAAAGAUCGUUGAAGCUCCUGUCGGCCUUCGUCCUCCCCUGCGUCCUUGCCGAUGGCGUCUACAAAAUUUGGUGGUUCAGUACUGUUGGAUCUCAAAUUCCUUACGUCUACAGCAUCCUGAUAACCAAAGCCAUAGUUUGCACCAUGUUGAUAUGCUCAUGGCUGUAUCGCGUUUCAGUCUGUUUUCUGGUGUGUCUCCUCUUCCGCCUCACCUGCUAUCUGCAGAUCCUAAGGUUGGAGGACUUUGCUCAGGUUUUCGAGAGAGAAUCUGACGUUGCCGCAAUCUUAAUCGAACAUCUCAGGAUCCGAAGGACUCUUCGAAUUAUAAGCCACAGGUUUAGAUUCUUCAUAGUUUCGACAUUGAUCCUAGUUACAGCAAGUCAGUUUGCUUCCUUGCUGGUUACACUUGAGCCGAGCACUCGGACGGAUUUCAACACCGCUGGCGAUCUUGCGCUGUGCUCGGUCACCCUUGUAAUGGGGCUUUUCAUCUGCUUACGCAGUGCUGCAAAAAUCACGCACAAAGCUCAGGCUGUUACAUCUCUUGCAGCAAAAUGGCACGCCUGCGCCACAAUUGACUCGUUCGAUGAAUUAGAUGGGGAAACACCGAGAGAUCAGAUUGCUACUCCACGGCCUGAAUGUGCAAUCGCCCCAGAUUGGGACAAUGAGGAAGAAGAUGGGGAUGAGGGCGAUCUGGAUAAUACCAACUUGGUGCCAAUUUAUGCCCACACCAUAACCUACCAGAAGCGACAAGCACUCGUUACAUAUUUCGAGCACAACAAGGCUGGGAUCACGGCUUACGGGUUCAUACUAGACAGGACAUGGCUACACACGAUAUUCGCGAUCCAGCUUUCCCUCACCCUGUGGAUACUGAACAAGACAAUUGGUAUUUCUUGAUCUGUUUAUACUGUUUUGCUGCUAUACAACAUGAAUGUGUCCUCCCAGUUUGAUAUUUGGCUGUUGGCGUCAUCGCCUCCUCGGUUGUUUUGAAGAGUUGCAGCAUUGAAGAGCUACAAUUCUAUCAAAUUUUUGUGUGUACUACUUGCUACUACGCAUUGUAUUGUAUAUAUGUAUAAGUUAUGAUCGGUUGUUGUAUAAAAAAGGGAUGCAUUCUUGCUAUA